GUAAUUGGAUCGUAAAUGACUUGUGGUGUCUUCUCCCCAGAUUUUGGCUUGUGUAAAGAGGCUGUUGACCAAGAGAAGAAGGCCUACUCCUUCUGUGGUACGGUGGAAUACAUGGCGCCAGAGGUGGUGAACAGGCAGGGCCACAUACAGAGCGCCGACUGGUGGUCGUUUGGGGUACUGAUGUUUGAGAUGCUGACCGGAUCGCUGCCGUUCCAAGGGAAGGACCGCAAAGAGACCAUGAACCUCAUCCUCAAGGCCAGAUUGGGAAUGCCCCAAUUCCUGAGUACAGAGGCCCAGAGUCUCCUCCGAGCUCUGUUCAAGAGGAACCCCAUCAACAGAAUGGGGUCCGGGGCGGAUGGUGCAGAGGAGAUCAAACGCCACACGUUCUUCUCCACCAUCGACUGGAACAAACUGUUCCGGCGAGAGAUCCCACCCCCGUUCAAGCCGGCGGUGGCCCGACCAGACGACACCUUCUACUUCGACUCAGAGUUCACCUCCCGCACACCCAAAGACUCCCCAGGUGUUCCACCCAGUGCCGGAGCUCACCAACUCUUCCGUGGCUUCAGCUUCGUCGCCCCGGCCAUGCUGGAUGAGGAGGGGGCCAAGGAGCCGGCCAAGCCCACACCACACCCAGUGGUCCAGCAACUCCACGGAAAGAACGUGUUGUUCAGCGAUGGCUACAUGUUGAAGGAGGACAUCGGCAUGGGCUCUUUCUCCGUUUGCAAGCGCUGCAUCCACAAAGCCACCAACACAGAGUACGCCGCCAAGGUGAUUGACAAGACCAUGACAGACCCCUCAGAGGAGAUUGAGAUCCUGUUGAGAUACGGCCAGCACCCCAACAUCAUCACCCUGAAGGACGUGUAUGACAAUGGGAAGCAGGUGUAUCUGGUGACAGAGCUGAUGAGAGGUGGGGAGCUGCUGGACCGGAUCCUCAAACAGAAGGUCUUCUCAGAGCGAGAAGCCAGCUCCGUGCUCCACACCAUCACCAAGACUGUAGAAUACCUCCACGCACAGGGGGUUGUUCACAGGGACCUAAAGCCCAGUAACAUCCUUUAUGUAGAUGAGUCGGGGAACCCUGAGUCUAUCCGGAUCUGUGAUUUUGGUUUUGCCAAGCAGCUGAGAGCUGACAACGGCCUGCUCAUGACUCCAUGCUACACCGCUAACUUUGUAGCCCCAGAGGUGUUAAAGCGUCAGGGCUAUGACGAGGGCUGUGACAUAUGGAGUCUGGGAGUGUUGUUGUACACCAUGCUGGCUGGCUUCACGCCGUUUGCCAACGGGCCCGAGGACACUCCAGAUGAGAUCCUGAGCAGGAUAGGCAGCGGUCACUUCACCCUGACUGGAGGCAACUGGGAUGCCGUGUCGGAAGCAGCGAAGGACCUGGUGUCUAAGAUGCUUCACGUGGACCCCCACCAGCGGCUGACCGCAAUGCAGGUUCUCAAGCACCCCUGGAUCGUCCAGAGGGACAAGCUAUCCAACAGCCAGCUGCAGCACCAGGAUGCCAAGCUAGUCAAGGGGGCGAUGGCUGCCACCUACUCUGCCUUGAAGAGCUCCCAGCCCACCCCGGAGCUCAAGUCCAUCGAGUCGUCCUUCCUGGCCCAGCGACGUGUCAAGAAGCUCCCCUCCACCUCUCUGUAGAUCCACCAGAGAGACCAUGAACACCCCCAGACUCUAGCUAGAACGUCAGCCAGUACAGGAACAAGUCACGGGACUGAAGAGACCAGUAGAUCCCCUCUAUCUAACCAGCCAAGGACCACUGACUACUGCCAUCUCCUCCCCUGGCAGUGAUAUCAAUAUUCUGCUGUAGUCCCUUCCCCUGCCAUCGAUAUCACUACUCUGCUGUAGUCCCUUCCUCUGCCAACGAUAUCACUACUCUGCUGUAGUCCCCUGCCCUGCCAGUGAUAUCACUACUCUGCUGUAGUCCCCUGCCAGUGAUAUCACUAACUCUGCUGUAGUCCCCUGCCAGUGAUAUCAACUACUCUGCUGUAGUCCCCUGCCAGUGGAAUAUCACUACUUGGCUGUAGUCCCCUGCCAGUGAUAGCACUACUCUGCUGUAGUCCCCUGCCCUGCCAGUGAUAUCACUACUCCUGCUGUAGUCCCCUGCCCUGCCAGUGAUAUCACUACUCUGCUGUAGUCCCCUGCCCUGCCAGUGAUAUCACUACUCUGCUGUAGUCCCUGCCAGGGAUAUCAACACUACUCUGCUGUAGUCCCCUGCCAGCGAUGUCACUACUCUGCUGUAGUCCCCUGCCAGUGAUAUCAGUAGUUUCUCUUUCCUCUUGGAUGGGCUUCUGGGCAUGGUCACUUGAUGUCAAUCAACCUGGACAAGCAACAAGACAUGGUUGGGGAUGAGGGUGCAGUGGGGUAGGGGCAGGUUAUGGCAAAUUUGUUAGCAGUAUAUUUUGGAUAAGAGGUGUGUGUGUGUGAGUUUGUGAGACAACCUGCUACCACCGAGGACGUUGAUGACCAUUGAGGAUGUUUCGGUUGUGUUUUUGUUUUGCUGUCGUUUUGAUUGGCUCUUCAUCUCCCCUCAGCAUCGCUGUGAUUGGCUGUUGCUAAACUCUCUGCAUGUCUGUCUGUUUGGUGUCGUUCUCUCUCCAAUUGAUCAGCUUGCCAAAURGAUUUGUUUGUUUUUGCUGUUUUACCAUUGAAAGCUGGAAGGGACAAUGGCACAAAACGAGAUCACAGUGCAUCACUAUCAUUUUCCUACAUUUUGAAUGAACAUUAAAAGAAAAAAAAACA